AUGUUGCCUGCGACACUGCUCCUGCUCUGGGAGGCCUCUUUGACACUGCUCCUCCUCCUCACCCUUCCUAUCCUUUCCAUCCACCCUGCAAUGCUUGGUCCAAAGGUCAUGGUAAUUUUAGAAGAUAAUCCCAAGGAAGAGGCAAAUCACAAAGAGGAAGGCCCUACUGAGGAGGAGUCACACAAUCCCUCCAUAAACGAUCAAGAAGGCUCCAACCUUAUUCAACAACCAUCUGUCGAAGAUUAUGGUGAAGACUAUGAUGAGGACGAUGAGGGAAACAUCAGUGGGACAAUGCACUGA